CACGGGCAGCCGGGCAGAGGAUAGCAGCAGCAGCAGCAGCAGCAGCCAAGCACCACACGCCGACGCGGACCAGACCUACCGGCUGGUGGUAGGUUAGCGAGGCAGCUAGCUUACGAUGGCGCCGCGCCGCGCCGCCCUCUUCGCCGCCGUGCUCCUCCUGGCCUCCGCCGCGGCGGUCUCCGGGUUCCACCUCGGCGGGGACGAGAGCGGGCUCGUGCGGGGCGUGCUCGCCGCGCUCCGCGAGCGGGCCGAGGCCGAGGACGCCGCGCGCUUCGCCGUCGCCCACCACAACAAGAACCAGGGUGCUGCUUUGGAGUUUACACGGGUGCUGAAAUCGAAGCGGCAGGUGGUGACAGGAACCCUGCAUGACCUGGUAUUGGAGGCUGCUGAUGCUGGAAAAAAGAGUCUGUACAGAGCAAAGGUUUGGGUGAAGCCAUGGGAAGAUUUCAAGUCAGUUGUCGAGUUUCGCCUUGUUGGAGACUCUGAGGUCGAAUCCGAGCCUUCUGUUGCUUCAGAUGGUAGCUCUGGUCAAGCUAUUGCCAAGGUCUCUCUUGAAGCAGACAUCGUACAAGAAGAGGCUCGCCUGCACACCGUUGAGAAUGAAGGGCUUUCCAGCGACUUCGCAUUGUCCUCUUAGACAUACUUGGUGUGACUAGAAUUCCAGGAGGUGGAUGGAAGGUGUGAAGGUAGUAGCUGAAGUCCAAGGUAUCUAUAGAUAGUAGGUCGCUGUCAAGCUGAAAUGCUUUGACUCUUCUACCGGAAUAUGUAUAUUUCGUUCGGAACGUGGGAACAUAGAUCUGUAUAUUUCAGUUUUCACGCUGCCCAUUUCCAUGUCUGUACAGAAGGUGGGCAGUUCUUCUGUCUGUAUUAUGGCAGUAGUUCUUCAGCUGCAUAAAUGUUAGGCAAAAUCGUCGUCUGGUUUUCAACUAUUACAA